AUGGUUCUCGUUAUACCCCGAGUCGUGGGAAGAAUUGUUGAAGUCGGAUUAGGCAAAGGAACACUAUCAGCGACCAGCCAUCGGACUGAAAUUCAGCUUCAUUCGCAACGAUUGGCUGGUACAGGGCAGUUUUUCUCGCCGCACAACUCCUAUACAUUGCAAGCAUAAAGCAAUGGCAGUUUAUAAAAUGUGCUCACCAAAGUCUGCACCGCGCCAUUUCAGUAGACUGGUGUUUGGCCGGGUAGAAAGCUUUGAAACAGUGGCAUCCAUGUCAACGUUAUGGUAAAUGGUUUAUAAAACUUUUUUCUCUUUGUAGUUACAAAAGAACUAAAUUGACGAGUUCAUAAAAUUACACUUCAAUAUUAUCUACAUCUAAGUACUUAUAAACUAGACUAAAAAAACAUAUUUAAUGUUAAUAGUAAAAUACAUCCUCUAUCAAGCAUAUAUAAGUUAGUUCGACAAAAUUUACGAUUUCUAGAUAUAUUAGUAUCUUCUGAUUUGUCUCUCAGUGCAUAUUUACAAAGUUUCUCUGACUGUGUUGGCAACAAAAUAUUUACAGGGUGACCUUUAAUUUUAAUUUUGUUCAUAGCUAAAGUUUCUAAUCGUGCAUGCAAGCUUAAGUUCCUCUGAAUAUGUUUCUGCAGACGGGAAAGCUAUUUUAACGCUAUCUUCUGAAUCGAUUCCAACAUUUCGGAUAAACACCAAGAAAAUGCCAGAUUUGGUAACGCCAGCUCUUCGUAAUACUCGUAGGGCAUAAAAUUCCGUAGGACUAGAUUAUUAAUUUCAUACACUAUAUGCAUAACGGCAAAAUCAUGGAUAUUGGAUACCGUCAUAUUAACCAAUUGAUUGAAUUGUCAGGCAAUAUCUCUGGAGCUAACGUGUCGUCCACAUAUUUGAUUCGCUAUUGUCAGUCAGCGGCAACAGAUUAUUUGUCAUCACGGUGAAAAGAAUAACCACUAAUUCCGUUCCCGGGGUAUAUCUCCUUUUAGAUACUUCCACUCAGAUACGGUACCCAACUCGUACUGCCUGCCGUCUACCAACUAAAAAAAACGGUUAUCCAACCAGUUAUACAAAAAAUUGAGAAGGCUAAAUAACAGUCUUAGGAGUUCUUUUUUGGCAAAUAAGGUACAAAAUUGUGACAAUGUUUCUUCCUGGUGGAAAUCCAUCAAACAACUUGGAGGACUUCCAUUCAACCGAAAUAGCAACAAAAAUUAACGAAAGCUUUCCGUGUAUCAAAAUUCACAAACCCUCUACUACCUCUAAACAGCCAAAUUGGAAAACGUUGAAACUGAUCCUUCAGUAGUUGACGAAAUCUUUUCAAAAUACCACAUUUCUCCUGAAGAUGUUUUUACGAAGCUCUCCAACUUCAAACGCAGUAAAGCCUCAGGUCCUGAAAACUGACUCAGUUGGGACUUAAAUGAGUUUGCCAACUCUCAUCACCUGUUGCUGAACUUUUAAUGCGUCAAGAGAGUCGUACCAGUUUCAUGGAAAGAAGCAGAUGUGAUACCUAUUCGUAAAACAGCUAAGGUUAAGGAAAUUGAAAACGAUCUAUGUCCAAUUUCAUUAACACCAAUUCUCUCAAAAACCAUGGAACAUAUUGUCGCUGAGUGGAUUAUGUCACAGAUCAGACACCUCGUUGACCGGAAGCAAUUUGGAUCACUCGCCGGCGUGUCUACAACUCACGCUCUUACAUCUUUUUUUCAUCAUCUGUAUGGAACUACCGACCAACCUGACCAAUGCGUACGUGUACUGCUUCUGGAUUUUAGUAAAACCUUCGACAUAUUCCUAUCAAGAAGAUAGAGGAAAUGGGCAUCGACCCCGUUCUUAUCACAUGCAAUUGGGUAAAAUAGUUUCUUACUGGCGGGAAACAGCAAGUGAAG